ACUCCUAUAUGCUCUUAUAUAUCUCUUCUUAUAUUCUCUCCCUCACACAUAAGCGAUGAUGAUGAUGAUGAGAAAGGCCAUCAUUUGGGUUUUAGUUCUGGUGGGUUUUGAGUUCCAGAGGAGUACUAGUUCACAGGUUCCAGAGAUUAGAAGGACAAGUUUUCCAGAGGGUUUUGUUUUUGGGACGGCUUCUUCAGCUUUCCAGUAUGAAGGAGCCGUGAAAGAGGAUGGAAGGGGACCAACAGUGUGGGAUACCUAUGCUCACUCAUUCGGUAAGAUUCUUGAUUUCAGCAACGCUGAUGUUGCUGUUGAUCAAUACCACCGUUAUCAUGAAGACAUACAACUUAUGAAGGAUAUGGGAAUGGAUGCCUAUCGCUUCUCAAUCGCUUGGUCUCGGAUUUUCCCUAAUGGCAGUGGAGAAAUAAAUCAGGCUGGAAUUGACCAUUACAAUAAUCUCAUCAAUGCUUUACUGGCCAAAGGAAUUGAACCUUAUGUUACUCUUUAUCAUUGGGACCUUCCACAAGCUUUAGCAGACAAGUACAAUGGAUGGCUCAAUCGUCAAAUCUUAGAAGACUUCGCAGUUUAUGCAGAGACAUGCUUUGAGAAGUUUGGUGACCGGGUGAAACAUUGGAUCACUUUUAAUGAACCUCAUACAUUUGCAGUCCAAGGUUAUGAUGUAGGGUUUCAGGCACCUGGAAGAUGUUCCAUCCUUUUUCACUUAUAUUGCCCAGCAGGAAACUCAGCUACAGAACCUUAUAUAGUUGCUCACAAUGUUCUUCUUGCUCAUGCUAAUGUGGCAAACAUUUAUAGGCAAAGAUACAAGCAAAAACAGAAUGGAUCCGUUGGGAUAUCAUUAGAUGUUAUAUGGUUUGUACCAAUGAAGAACACUUCUGAGGAUAUUGAAGCAACACAAAGAGCUCAGGAUUUUCAGCUUGGCUGGUUUAUGGAUCCCUUAUUUUUUGGAGAUUAUCCAAGCUCAAUGAGAAGUAGAGUAGGAAGUCGUUUGCCUAAAUUUUCCACAGCAGAAGCUGCUCUGGUUAAAGGGUCUUUGGAUUUUGUUGGAAUAAAUCAUUACACCACAUACUAUGCAAUGAGCAAUUUUACUAAUAUUAUUGGUAUUGUGUUGAACGACACUUUGGCGGAUUCUGGUGCAGAUACACUUCCAUUCAAAGAUGGGAAACCAAUUGGACAAAAGGCAUCUUCAAUAUGGCUGUACUCAUAUCCUCAAGGGUUGAGAGAUUUGAUGAAUUACAUAAAGCAAAAGUAUGGGAAUCCUCCGGUCAUCAUCACGGAAAAUGGGAUGGAUGACUCCAAUAACAUAUUCAUCUCUGUCAAAGAUGCUCUUAAGGAUGAGAAAAGGAUCAAAUACCUCAGUGGCUACCUUUCAAGCUUGCUAGCCUCUAUCAAGGAAGAUGGGUGUAAUGUGAAAGGGUAUUUUGUAUGGUCUUUGCUUGAUAAUUGGGAAUGGACUGCUGGCUAUUCAUCUAGAUUUGGCCUUUUUUACGUAGACUACAGAGACAAUUUGAAGCGUUAUCCCAAAGAUUCUGUCCAGUGGUUCAAAAAUUUCUUGGCUCCUUCGGCUUCCUCCACUGAUGAACUUUAAUUGACCAGUAUUAAAGGAGGUCUUUAUAA